UGUGACUUUCGAGCUUAGAUUUAAAGGUCCGAUGUUGGCGAUCAAGCGUAUAUCUCUGUGAGCAAACUAUUAAAAAUGGAAACGGAAUCAAUUAAAUUGCAAGAAAAGGCGGAGUUGACCGUCCCUUAAACGCAGGAAAUUUAGUGCCCGCCGUUUCUACUCGUUGACUGCCCCGUCCGGUGAAAGUGUCCUGGUACUUCCUUGUUUAUGCAUUCGGGCUUGGAUUUCGCAACAGGCACAAUGUUCCCUUUUGAGUUGUUGUCGGCCACAACCUGGACUUUAGUUGCUCUAUUUUUCGCAUUGCUUCUACUGUAUGGUGUGUGGCCCUAUGGACACUUCAAAAAAUUAGGAAUACCAGGACCAAGGCCACUUCCCUUUGUAGGCACAAUGUUGGUUUUGAGAAAGGGCUUGCUUGCCGCUGAUCAGGAGUGUCACACCAAAUAUGGAGAUAUAUGGGGGAUGUUUGACGGCCGAACUCCGGUGUUGAUGGUGACGGAUCCCGAGAUCAUCAAGGCGGUGAUGGUGAAGGAUUGCUACACUACCUUCACCAAUCGCAGGGACACUCUUGUGUUAGGCGCGUUUGCUGAUGGCAUCACAACCGUUAAAGAUGAAAGAUGGAAAAGGAUCCGCAGCUCUGUGUCACCAUGCUUCACGAGCGGAAGACUGAAGCAGGUGUUCCCGCUGGUCACUCGUUCCUCGGAGCGACUGGUCGAGAAUCUGUCCAAACAGGACUUGAGUGAGCCCGUCGACAUCAAACAAUUAUUCGGGCCAUAUAGUUUGGACGUGGUGACCAGCGCCUCUUUUAGCGUGGACACCGACUCCAUCAACCGGCCGAACGACCCCCUCGUCAUUCACCUCAAGAAAAUUCUCAACUUCGCUUUUUGGCCGAUCAUGUUAAUGCUGCUUUUCCCCGCUUUAGGAAAGCUGUUCAAGUUGCUAAACUACGACAUUAUGCCCAAAGCCAGCACCGAUUUUUUCUAUAACGUCAUUAAGAAGAUUAAAGACCAACAUCGUGCUGAAGAGUCGAGUCACGCGGACUUUCUGCAAGUGAUGAUCCAGCACGAAAUACAAGAGUCGGAAAUAACGAGCGAACAUGAACAGCCGAGUAAAGGUUUGACGGAAAAGGAGAUCCUGUCGCAAGCUUUCACUUUCAUCUUUGGAGGCUUUGAGACCACCGCCACCACUCUCUCCUUCAUCCUGUACAACAUCGUCACCCACCCGGAAGCCAUGAGGAUCCUGCAACAGGAGAUUGACGACAACGUUCCUAAAGAUGGUUCCAUUUCAUAUGAGACACUGCAGGGUAUGGAGUACCUGGACAACGUGAUUAACGAAUCAUUACGCAUCCUUCCGCCGGCGCCUCGGCUCGAACGCGCGUGCAAAAAGACCAUCGAACUCGGCGGGCUCACCAUCUGCGAGGGGACCCUGGUCACCGUUCCCGUGCAGCUGGUCCACAAGGACCCCCGCUAUUGGAAGGACCCCAAUAGCUUCCGACCAGAGCGGUUCAGCAAAGAUAGUGAUGAAGAAAUUCACCCAUACGCCUACAUGCCCUUUGGCCUGGGCCCUCGCAACUGCGUUGGAAUGCGCUACGCUCUCCUCACCGUGAAAAUGGUCCUGGUCCGCCUGCUGCUGAGCUACAACGUGGAGACGUGCAAGGACACGAUGAUUCCUCUGGACUUUAACUGGAAGUUCCAACCCGUCAAGCCAAUAAAGUUAAAGUUUGUGCCCAGAGAGUAGAAGGCCAGAAUGGGGAGUGGGUGCGGUAUGUAAGGGCACACUUUUAAAUUGAGUAAUAUAUUGCUCUUUAUAACAUGAGAAUCAAUCAUUAGAUGUGGUUAAUAAUUAAGAGGACAUGACUAUACAAGCUGCAGUUAGAUACCAGCCAACAGAGGGCGCUUAUAGCGGCAUGAAUGAAUUUUUGGAUUUUGCUUGUUUUUUUUUACUUGAUUUAUCCAACUAAUGUACACCGAUUUGAGAUAGAUGAUAAAUCAUCUCACUGUAAAUGUUUUUGUAUGUUCUUCACAGUAAGCAAAAAUAUUUUCAAUUUGGAACAGCUCAUGGCAAUGGCAG